UCUAAACAUGACACGUCACCUACUUUUGAGGCCUAAGACCCAUCUCAUUUGGGCCCUGUAACAGCUUGCUGGAUUACCCAACUUUGAAUCGCAACAAUUGGGCCCAACACUUGUCUCAUCAGAAAUAACAACUGCAAAAUAGGAAUCACAUUUUAUUUACUUAAGUGGUCGGUCAAUGGGACUUGUUAAAAAUAAUAACUGGCAAGGAAUGUGCUGAAACAUCGGAUCUGGCCAGUGGGGCUCGUACACGGAAGUCCCAUGUUCGGCUCCUAUCAUUGUCUUACAUUUUUUUCAGUUCCAAAUUAUAUAAAUGUAUAAUGUAUUACGAAGAAACAAAAGAUGGAAUGAUAUAGUGUGUGAAAAUCAGCAUCGACUCACACACCACAUGGCAUAACAUGAUCGCUCAGAGACGUUGACAUCUUCUCUCCUCGCUCUUUUUUCUUUUCUUUUAUUUUCUUCAGAUUUUUUAGAAUUCCACUUCUACAUUGUUAUCAGGGUAAUGCAUUUUCUUCUUUUGAAAAAAGAUAAAUAAUUUUUAAAAAACCAAUAACCAUUGCACCAUUUCUACUUAUAGAAGUUGCUAUCAAGGUUUGUUGUUUCGUUUUUCUCUCCAAAAAGACCAAUAAUAAUCGAAGGCCAUAUACGUUCGAAGAUUGGUCACUGAAUAUAGUUCACAACCUUUUAUUACAUGAAACAUAUAUUAAUUGACGCCCAAAUAAAAAGCAUAUAAAUUAAUCAUUAAUUUGUUAUAGAAAAAAAUGCAGUACUUAAAAAAUGAAAAACAAAUACAAUAGUUGUCAAAAAAAAAAAAAAAAAACAAUCAUUCGAAUAGUUGGAGGUUUUGACCCAAAAAGAAGAAAAGAAAGAAGUUGUUUAAAGAUGCAAACCCACACACUUGUUUCUUCAUUUAACUGUCUCUUCUUCAAAACCAAAACCUUCUACUUUUCUACUCACCAAAAAAAAACAAAAAAACCUUCUACUUUUCUCCCUCGAUCGGCCCUACUAUAACUCAGUGACAUAAGAGAAUGAGGAAAGGGCAGGGCUACUCCUACUCUGAAAUCGCAUCGGUGUUGGUGUUACUGUGUGUGGUGGUGUCUCGAAUCGAAUGCAGCAGCCAAGUGCACGCCCUGAGCCGUCUGUACCUGUCGAAGCGAGGGGUUGGUGGUUCGUCCACCAUGGACACAAGCCAUUUUAAGGCUGUCAAGGAUUUGAAACCGUCUUCGCUGCGGAGUGUUGCUAAUCAGGAGGAGUUAAGAGAGAGAGAUCUGAUACGGAGAUUGCCCGGACAGCCUCCCGUGAGUUUCGAUCAGUACGGCGGCUAUGUCACCGUCAACGAAUCCGCGGGCCGUUCCUUCUUCUACUAUUUCGUGGAAGCCUCCAACUCCAAGUCUAAAGAUUCUUCUCCUCUACUUCUCUGGCUCAACGGCGGACCGGGAUGCUCGUCAUUGGCGUAUGGAGCACUACAAGAGCUUGGGCCGUUCCGAGUGCACAGCGACGGCAAAACGCUUUUUAGAAACCGAUAUGCAUGGAACAAUGCUGCGAACGUCUUGUUCUUAGAAUCGCCGGCAGGAGUGGGGUUCUCGUACACCAACACAACAUCGGACCUGGAGAAGCACGGUGACAGGAAUACCGCGGCUGAUAACUACAUCUUCCUGGUUAAGUGGCUGGAGAGGUUCCCGGAGUACAAAGGCAGGGACUUGUACAUCGCCGGUGAGAGCUAUGCCGGCCACUAUGUUCCACAACUUGCCCAUACUAUCCUUCUCCAUCACCGGAGCUCCCUCAAUCUCAAGGGCAUUCUGAUAGGAAAUGCGGUGAUCAACGACGAGACCGACUUGAUGGGUAUGUACGACUUUUUCGAGAGUCAUGCUUUGAUCUCCGAAGAUUCUUUGGCUAGACUAAAGAACAACUGCGAUCUCAAGACGGAGUCUGCGAGUGUAAUGACUGAGGAGUGCGCGGUGGUGUCCGACCAAAUUGACAUGGACACAUAUUACCUCGACAUCUACAACAUAUACGCUCCCUUGUGCCUAAACUCCACGCUCACUCACAGGCCUAAGCGAGGAACCACAAUAAGGGAGUUUGAUCCCUGCAGUGACCAUUACGUGCAGGCCUACCUGAACAGACCUGAAGUCCAAGCGGCCCUGCACGCAAACGCUACGAAGCUGCCUUACGAGUGGCAGCCGUGCAGCAGUGUGAUAAAGAAGUGGAACGACAGUCCUACCACAGUGAUUCCUCUCAUCAAGGAGCUGAUGGGUCAGGGCGUCCGCGUCUGGGUGUUCAGCGGAGACACAGACGGGAGAAUUCCAGUGACGUCCACCAAAUACUCCCUCAAGAAGAUGAAUCUGACGGCCAAAACGGCUUGGCAUCCAUGGUACCUAGGGGGGGAGGUGGGUGGAUACACAGAGGAGUACAAAGGGAAGUUGACAUUUGCCACCGUGAGAGGGGCAGGCCAUCAAGUUCCCAGCUUCCAGCCAAAACGCUCUCUUUCACUCUUCAUUCACUUCCUCAAUGACACUCCUCUCCCUGACACCUCUCGUUACUAAAUAUUCUAUCUGAGAUUGUAAUUUCUCUCUUAUUUAGCUUUUAUUCCUCCUCCCAUCCAUUCUUUAUCUACUAUUUCCUUACAUAACUUUGAAUGUUAAUAUCUGUUUUGCUCU